GCCGAAGUUUGUGCUCUUCGAGAUCUCCAGCCUUCAGGCUGCCGACCUGGCGGGCAUCGACGCGAACCUGAAGAAGGAGGGCUACGUCUUGCUGGAGAACCUGGUCCACCAGGACAAGAUCGGGCUCACGAUGCCGCCGCAGGACGCGCUGUAUGGCCUGAAGCACACGCAGGCGGCGCAGGACGCGCUGGCAACGCGCAGGACUUCGAAGUCCUUGCCGCUGACUCUGGAGGACGGCCACGUGCCCCUCUUCGUGAAGUGGGAGAAGUACCUCGGCAAGGACCUGAGCGGCGUGAACUUCGUGCAGAUCGGGGGCAACUGCGGCACGAACCUGCCAGAGUGCGCCGUGGGAGGUGACCCCAUCUGGGAGUACGCCACCCGCUUCGACUGGAACGGCAUCGUCCUGGAGCCGGUGCCGCAGAUCUUCUCCAAGCUGUCCAGCAACUACCUGCCGUACCCCACCGUGAAGCCGGUGCAGGCGCUCGUCUCGAACCACUCUGGCAUCGGCAAGAUCCUGGACCGUGCGGAGACCUCCCACGAGAUCAGCCUGUCUCGUAGUAAGGGCGUCGAGGUGCCCACGUACACGUUGGAGACGCUCUGGAAGGAUGUGUUCGGCGCGGACAAGGACAAGGUCGACCUCCUCGUGGUGGAUGCAGAGGGCAAUGAGCCGAAGAUCUUGUCGGGCAAGUUCCCCGAGCCGAAGCCGAAGUUUGUGCUCUUCGAGAUCUCCAGCCUUCAGGCUGCCGACCUGGCGGGCAUCGACGCGAACCUGAAGAAGGAGGGCUACGUCUUGCUGGAGAACCUGGUCCACCAGGACAAGAUCGGGCUCACGAUGCCGCCGCAGGACGCGCUGUAUGGCCUGAAGCACACGCAGGCGGCGCAGGACUCGCUGGCAGCGCGCAGGACUUCAAAGUCCUUGCCGCUGACUCUAGAGGACGGCCACGUGCCCCUCUUCGUGAAGUGGGAGAAGUACCUCGGCAAGGACCUGAGCGGAGUGAACUUCGUGCAGAUCGGGGGCAACUGCGGCACGAACCUGCCAGAGUGCGCCGUGGGAGGUGACCCCAUCUGGGAGUACGCCACCCGCUUCGACUGGAACGGCAUCGUCCUGGAGCCGGUGCCGCAGAUCUUCUCCAAGCUGUCCAGCAACUACCUGCCGUACCCCACCGUGAAGCCGGUGCAGGCGCUCGUCUCGAACCAUUCCGGCAUUGGCAAGAUCCUGGACCGUGCGGAGACCUCCCACGAGAUCAGCCUGUCUCGUAGUAAGGGCGUCGAGGUGCCCACGUACACGUUGGAGACGCUCUGGAAGGAUGUGUUCGGCGCGGACAAGGACAAGGUCGACCUCCUCGUGGUGGAUGCAGAGGGCAACGAGCCGAAGAUCUUGUCGGGCAAGUUCCCCGAGCCGAAGCCGAAGUUUGUGCUCUUCGAGAUCUCCAGCCUUCAGGCUGCCGACCUGGCGGGCAUCGACGCGAACCUGAAGAAGGAGGGCUACGUCUUGCUGGAGAACCUGGUCCACCAGGACAAGAUCGGGCUCACGAUGCCGCCGCAGGACGCGCUGUAUGGCCUGCAGCACACGCAGGCGGCGCAGGACUCGCUGGCAGCGCGCAGGACUUCGAAGUCCUUGCCGCUGACUCUGGAGGACGGCCACGUGCCCCUCUUCGUAAAGUGGGAGAAGUACCUCGGCAAGGACCUGAGCGGAGUGAACUUCGUGCAGAUCGGGGGCAACUGCGGCACGAACCUGCCGGAGUGCGCCGUGGGAGGUGACCCCAUCUGGGAGUACGCCACCCGCUUCGACUGGAACGGCAUCGUCCUGGAGCCAGUGCCGCAGAUCUUCUCCAAGCUGUCCCGCAACUACUUGCCGUACCCCACCGUGAAGCCGGUGCAGGCGCUCGUCUCGAACCAUUCUGGCAUUGGCAAGAUCCUGGACCGUGCGGAGACCUCCCACGAGAUCAGCCUGUCUCGUAGUAAGGGCGUCGAGGUGCCCACGUACACGUUGGAGACGCUCUGGAAGGAUGUGUUCGGCGCGGACAAGGACAAGGUCGACCUCCUCGUGGUGGAUGCAGAGGGCAACGAGCCGAAGAUCUUGUCGGGCAAGUUCCCCGAGCCGAAGCCGAAGUUUGUGCUCUUCGAGAUCUCCAGCCUUCAGGCUGCCGACCUGGCGGGCAUCGACGCGAACCUGAAGAAGGAGGGCUACGUCUUGCUGGAGAGCCUGGUCCACCAGGACAAGAUCGGGCUCACGAUGCCGCCGCAGGACGCGCUGUAUGGCCUGCAGCACACGCAGGCGGCGCAGGACUCGCUGGCAGCGCGCAGGACUAAGCAGUCCUUGCCGCUCGCUCUGGAGGACGGCCACGUGCCCCUCUUCGUGAAGUGGGAGGAGUACCUCCACAGUAUGCACGGCGUGAACUUCGUGCAGAUCGGGGGCAACUGCGGCACGAACCUGCCGGAGUGCGCCGUGGGAGGUGACCCCAUCUGGGAGUACGCCACCCGCUUCGACUGGAACGGCAUCGUCCUGGAGCCGGUGCCGCAGAUCUUCUCCAAGCUGUCCCGCAACUACCUGCCGUACCCCACCGUGAAACCGGUGCAGGCGCUCGUCUCAAACCACACUGGCAUUGGCAAGAUCCUGGAUCGUGCGGAGACCUCCCACGAGAUCAGCCUGUCUCGUAAUAAGGGCGUCGAGGUGCCCACGUACACGUUGGAGACGCUCUGGAAGGAUGUGUUCGGCGCGGACAAGGACAAGGUCGACCUCCUCGUGGUGGAUGCAGAGGGCAACGAGCCGAAGAUCUUGUCGGGCAAGUUCCCUCAGCCGAAGCCGAAGUUUGUGCUCUUCGAGAUCUCCAGCUUGCAGCAGGAGGAUCUGGAUUCCAUCGACUCGAACCUAAAGAAGGAGGGUUACGUUCUUGCCAAGAAGCUGAAGCACCAGGAUAAGAUCGGCCUGACCAUGCCGCCGCAGGACGCGCUGUACUACCUUCGGCCUGACCAGGCCUGACCAUGUCCCCGCAGGACAAGAUCGGCCAAGCAAUCGCCCAAGCUAGAUACCGAGACUCGCUGGUGUUACCAACGGGGGCUUCGGGAUUGUCCGCCUUUGUGGCGGAGUUCCUUGUUCUUGAUCGGGCGAUGUUUUCUGUAGCGUUGUCUCUUGUGGCAGCCUGUGGCGGUCCUUCCAGGCAGGAUCUGCUAUUAUAGGGCGGCGCUGUGGUUCCCGCCCUCCUCUUCGCUUCGCUUCGGGCCAUCCGUCGAACGAUGCCGAGAAGCCCCACGCAAGAUCACUCAGCACCGAAAUGGGAGCCUCCA